UCCAAGCGACGUUUGCCGAAUUGCGAGCGGAGAUAGAGUUCACGGCGCCGUCUCCUCCCCUUCUCCGUGUGUGUGUGUGUGUGUGUCUCCCUCUCGCCCCCGCGUCCGCUCGCUCACCGCGCCUUGCCCGGACCCGGCACAAGGCUGCAGAGCAUCAGUUGCCCAUUGCAAACCUACCGCCUUGUGCGCCGUGCGUGUGUUUCAUAAAAAUCUCCGUGAGCUGGUUGGCCCCCGGCGCGCCACGUGAGACGAGUCACCGGACAGCUGGGGGCGGUGGGGGUGGCUCGGUCGGUCGGUGUGUGUGUAUGUCUGGGGGGGGGUGGGGGGGGAGGGCUGGGGGAAUCCAGGCGCUAGCAGAGGAGCUCUGAGCCAUUCGGAUUGGUUUCAAUAAUAAAUAAUAAAAAAACCCAGAGGACUUAACGCUGUUAUGGGAGACAAGAAGAGUCCCACCAGACCCAAAAGGCAGCCGAAGCCUUCCACAGACGAGGGAUACUGGGAUUGUAGCGUUUGUACGUUCAGGAACAGCGCAGAGGCUUUCAAAUGCAGUAUGUGUGAUGUCAGGAAGGGCACUUCAACACGGAAGCCUCGCCCAGUGUCUCAGUUGGUUGCCCAGCAAGUAACCCAACAAUUUGCAUCACCCACGCAACCAAAGAAAGAGAAGAAAGACAAGGGAGAGAAGGAGAAAACUGAGAAAGAAGUUGUCAGUAAAAAGAAAAGUCACAAGAAAAUAAGGCCAAGGUUAAAAAACGUGGACCGAAGCAGCGCGCAGCAUUUGGAAGUGACUGUGGGCGAUCUGACGGUCAUUAUCACAGACUUUAAGGAGAAAGUGAGGUCGGUGCCGGCAGCCACUGCUACCUCCAGUACCACGGCCGAGCAGCACAGCCUGAGCAGCUCCAGCUCUGACAACACAGAGAAAGGCCUGUCCCGGUCAUCCUCGCCCCGGGGAGACGGAUCAGUGAACGGUGAAUCCCACUAAAGUGCCGGCUGAGCUACUUUUACUCACUCCUGUGCUCAAUGGUUCAGCGGACAGCAUCUCAACAAAUUCAGUCCUGGGCCCUCGGCGUUCAGCGGCAAGUCGGGCUGCCUUCAGUUUUGUUAAUACUUCCGUACCAAUCUGGGACUCCUGCACUGUGGCAUGUUUUUGAGUGUAAUUUUCUAUACCUUAGAUCGGACUGCCGAUGUGAUGUGUUUGAGGACUGAAUUGUGAAGCAGCUGGCUUUUGGCAUUCAGUGGCACCUGAAGUCAAUUGGCAGUCGACUGCCGUAGCAACAAAAUAUCUGAAAAUGGUUUGCCUGGUUAAGUGCACCUGCUGGUACUUGGUGUGAUUAAAUAGGAAAAGCAUUCUCAAAAAAACAUUUAUAUACGUUCUUGCCAACAUUUUGUUUUUCAACACUUGUUAUUUGGAUGGGGGAAGAAAAAAUCACUUAGCCAUUAAAACCAAGGCAUUAUAAAUGCCCACUGUCAUCCAUUUCAGUUUUAACAAUGUAGUGCUGGGCUAAUUGACCAGGGUUGACUGAGGAUACAGUCCCAUGCUACUUAAGUCCAGCCACUCAAGUUAAAGGAUCGAGUUGCUGUAAUAUUUAAGAGAGUGGUCAUUUUUGCACCGUGUCUAAUUGGGAAGGGGGCACAGAUGCGUUACAUGCGUCAUUGUGUACUUCACGCAUUUCCUCUCAGCUGGGCGCUCCCUGCCUUACACAGAAGGCAAAACAAAACAAGGAAAAUGCUAAUAAUUAGAUGCUUAGUAUGUCUAAAAGUAGUUUUAUGAAAUGUGUGGGAAUAGUUUAUGAUGAUGUUGCCAGUUCUGAAAACUUCAAUUAAGGUGUUUUGCUGAUGUUUUGAAUUUGCGACAGUAUUUAUACGUAUUGUUGUAAUAAAAAAAAUAUGCAAGAUUACAUUCUACCUUGGGAACUCUA